GUAUGCGGUAGAAAUGUCACCACAGAAGCAUUCGAUUGUUUACCUUUACGUAAGCCCGCAAGUAGUUUCUCUGUAACUUUUUGAAAACACAAUCAAAUGUUCGCAAAUUGCUUUAUCAAUGCUGAAAAUUUUGUUAGAAGUUCACCCUUUAUAGCUUCUAUUCGACAUGCUUCGAAGAAAACCGGAGGAAGUACUAGAAAUCCGGUUAGCCACGGACGGCCCAAGCAUCGCGGUUGGAAAGUACAAGAUGGACACUACGUUUCCGCAGGAACCAUUCUGGCAACCCAACGGACACCUCGAUUCCAUCCUGGGUUAAAUGUCGGAUUUGGAAAGAAUGGAACUAUUUUUGCUCUCGAGCAUGGCAAGGUGUACGUAACGUGUGAAAAGCUGGACCUGAACUGGGAUCAUACCUGGGUUAAAAGAAUUUACGCGGGACGCGAAAAUCAGAUUAUUUAUAAAAAGUUCUUCAACGUAGUUCCUGCCGAACAGCAUCAGCGAUUCAAACUGACGGAAGAAUUUUGAAUAAAGUUACCAUUAGUUAUUAUGAUAGAGGAAAAUGUCUCCUCAAUUGUAGUCACAUUUUUGGUACUUACGUAUUAACGCCACCGCAGUGCAAUUUUUACUAUGAAUUUAUUUUGAGGUCAAUGUAACGGAGUCGAGAUCCUAAACUAACGAGGAUAAGGAACCGAUGCGGUCCAAGUCACCGAGGUGACGAAUUAACGAUUUUAUCACUAUUUUCACAUAAAAAAUAUUUAUUAUGCUUCUAA